AGUAGUUGGGGAAGAGUUCCUUCAUCCCCUUGGUGUGGUGCCACUAGGUAGGGCAGAAAGAAAAAGGAAAAAAAAUUGGGCAUUGUUUUUGGGUUGUAGACUGGAUCACUCACUACUCCACAUUGUGAGAGGAGAGAGUCUCAGCUCCAAAACUCCAUUCUAAUCGCGAGCUCGUUUAAAUACCCGCGGCGGCUUUCUUCUUUCCCUAACCGCCAACGCGUUCCUUGUGUUUGAGAAGAUCAUCAAUCGAGCUCUGUGAUAGUGCCUGUGUGUUCUCCUUUUUUUCUCUCUUUUCUGGCUGUGUGGUCGAUCGAAGUGAAAGUGAGGAAAUGGGCUGGAUCUAGGACGCAUUGGGUCUCUUGGGUUCCAAUCCGAUCCUCCUGGGUCGCGCUCCAUCGCCAGAUCUCCUCGCGCGCGGCAAUGCAUGUCCAUGGCUGCAGUGGCGGUGCCACUCGCGGCAGCAUCGCGCGCGGCCUCAAGAGGCUCAAGCUCCUCCAGCGCUUGAGAUCCUCGCGGGUGUCGAGGGAUCACUAUUCCUCCAGCUCCGGGAGCAGUAGCCUCGGCUCAGAUUGGCUCCAGCGCACGUCCAGCUCCUCCUGGGAGCUCUUCAGCGAGGAGGAGGGCAGCCACAACGAUGGCUACGAUCACCAUAGCGACGACGAGGAGCUCUAUCUCCCCAAGGACGUCCCCGAGGGGUUCCUCGCCGUCUACGUUGGCGAGGAGAGGAAGCGCUUCGUGGUGGAUGCCCGGCAUUUGAAUCACCCCUGGUUUAAGAUCUUGCUGGAGCGAUCGGCGGAGGAGUUUGGCUUCGAUCACAAGGGCGGCCUCACGCUCCCUUGCCGAGUCGUGGUGUUUGAGAGCCUCCUUGGUGUUCUUGAGCGUGGCGAUACUCCCAGCUUGAAGCAGCUCGCCCAGAUCGAAGAGCUCCUCGCGGUAUAGGAGGGAGAGGUUCGUGCAAACCACCAUUGAUUGAUCUCUUUCUCUUAUUUCCUUUCUAGAAUCUAGUGAGAAAGAAAAAAGAAAAGGCUGAGGAAGUGGUGCCAUUGUCACUAAGAAUGCGUGCGCGCCCUCCUCUCUCUCUCUCUUUCGCACAAAGUGUAUGUAAAAGGGAGGAGAGUUUGAAGCUGGAAUUUUCUUUCCUUCUUUUUUUUUCCCUUCCAGUGAUCAAUCGAUCACCUCAAUUCAAUCAAACUUAGAUCAUGGGUCGCUUGUCACUUUCGAUUCCA